AUGACUCAACCGUACGACAUGAGUACGCUUUUCCUCGACCGCCUUGACUUGGACGACGAAUCAAUCGGGUCCGAGUUAGACGCCGUCAUGGACACCUACAUCUCCUUCUACAACUUGGCCUGUGCGUCGAUUUGGGCCGGCGAGCUGGAAAACGGCAUGGAAAUAUGCCGCGUGCUACUAGACUAUGACGAUCUGCCGCUUCUCAUUCGAGCUCGCGCGAGCAUCGAUCUCGCCUGGACCGAGCCUCACUGGCAGGACGUUGACCGCCACUUCCACAACGCCGAAGUCGCGUACAGGCGCAUGUGCGAGCUCGUAGAGCCGGCACGCCUCAAUGAAAAAUGGGGCCAGGUUAUAUUUUACCUUCAUGAGCUCGAACCGGAGAUCGCCAAUUACCGUUUGGAGGCGGAGGAGGAGGAAGACGAACCUGAAGGGCCCUGA